AUGUAUCGCCCACAGACGAUCCCCUUCAUUCCUCUCGACCCUGUCUCCCACCGCUACGCCACCCCGGAGCCCCUCGACCCCCGAAUGCGCAUGCCCGACCCGAACGACGUCCCCGCCCACCUCGACAGAUGCCUCCCCGUCACGACCGUCUUCUCCCGCUACCCCUCCGAAGAACCCGAGCUCGAGCCCUCGUCCGCUGCAGCCGAAGGCUCGCAGCACAACCCCAUCCUCGUCCCCGACGAGCCCCUCGACCCGGACAUCGUCGAAGUCCCCCCACCUCCAUCGCCCCGCAUCACGAUCCGGAUCCCCGCGCGCAAGCCCGCGCGCCCCGCCUCUCCCCCGCGCAAGCGCACGAGCACGGCCUCCCCGCUGGCGCGCGUGAAGGGCAAGGGCGCGACCAAGGGCAAAGGCAGGGGCAGGGGCAGGGGCAGGGGCAAGAGGAGCGCGCAGCCCCCGAGAGCGCCGCAAGGGCGCGCGCACGCGCACGCGCCCGCGACGUCGUCCCCGCUCAAGGCCGUCGCGUUCGCGGAGGGCGCGACGGAGGACUCGGGCUCCGAUUCAGACUCUGGGUCUGAGUCUGAGUCUGAGUCUGAUGUCGAGUACUGGAACUGA